AUGCCGAGGGAAUAUCGCGAAGAGCUGGAGGACGUCCUGUUCGCAUUUCGUGUCGACGACGAGCCCCGCGAGUCCAUGGAUGACGCACGAGCGCAGCUCAUUUGCAAGCAGUGGACCGAGUUCGUCAUUGCCGCGACCCAAGCGAAGGAGGCGAACUCGCUGCGCUACACGAUGAUCGCCAAAGGCAACAAGACCAUCGCCAUCAAGCUCUUCAGCAUGGUAACGUCGAGUACCGCCUCAGAGCGAAACUGGUCCACCAUGGGCUUCAUUCAUUCGAAUUUGAGGAAUCGUCUGAACCCGAAGGGCAUUGUCAAGCUCACGUAUAUCAAGAGCAACUUGCCGGCCUUCUACGAUUACGCACAGCUGGACGAAUCCGAUGUUCAGAUUGCAACAGCGAACCGGAAUGGAAUGAAUGAACGCGACAUCGAUGCUCGACCUGCGCCAGAAUAA